AGCCAGCCAGCCAGCCAGGGAGCGAGCUAGCGAGCUAGCGGCCCGACCGACCAGCGACGAACGACGACUCCGUCAGUCAGACACUCAGUCAGGCCACAGAGCCCUUGGUGUUCGGAGUGCCGCCCCAGGACGGAACAGAAGCUAAGAGUGAUGUGAAAAAUUAAAAGACAGUUAGUUAGAAAAAAAUAAGUCGGAUCUAUUAUCCCAGUCGUCUAGAUGCCCUUUGAAGAGCAUGACCUCCGCAAUUCUGGCCAUCGAUAGAUGACGCGCCCACACAGGUUCCCCGAAAAUAAAAAAGAAAGUCGUGGUGAUGAUGAUCGUCUGCUACAGGAACGUCUUGUCGUAGAGGAACUGAAGAAGACGGUAACAGAAAAGAAGGAUAAAAAACGUCCAAUCUUAGUAGCUGAUUUCUUACAUUAAGUAGGUUUACGAUCUCCCGUUAGAUAUUAUUAUGUAGUUUCGUGUGACAAUUUUUUUAUAUAUAUAUAUAAAACAAAAAGAGUUGAGAAGGACCAAAAGAAAGUUCGUAGGACCAAUUUACAAAUCUACAAAUUAUAUAUAAAUAUAUAUAUUAGUUAUACUUACAUAUAUGUUUAAUGAACUCUGUGAUGCCAACUGUGAUAACGUGGAGAGUUAACCAACCAAGAGCUUUGUUAUGCGCUCACGCCAGGAGUUAUGGAAAGUGCCUUUCGACGUAGUGACAGCAAAGUUAUUUUGUUAAAAGAGGAAAUUUAAAGAUAAUUAACAAAUAGAUCACUUGAUACGCGUAGAUAGAAACAAAACAAAAAUCAAGUUCAUAACAUAAAUAAAUAGUGGCGUAGUGACAUUCUCUACAAGGAGAUUGAAUAUAUUUCUUCCAAAGUCUCGAGAGAAAUUCACAGAUAGAAAGAGAGAGUUGGAAAUACUCUUGUGUCGAAACCUCGAGAGAGAGAUAAUUUGUAUGUGGAGACCCCCCCCAGGCACCGGAGGGAAGAAGCCUGACCUUAUGUGUGACAUCAUGCUGGCCAGGGGCCACGAAGGGCAAGGCAGGUUCGUCCUGCAGAACCUCAUCCUGGGCCAACAAUUCACCUCCAAAUUGGAGGAACAGAUGAGGGUGGACGCCGAGGAGCCGAUGUCCCCCAUGUCUCCCAUGUCGCAAGGCUCUGACCACGACCACCAUGAGAAACCCACCGUCAGACAGGUGAAAUUGGAGGAAUGCGUCGAGGAACAGACCGUCUUCUCCUCCUCCUCGCAGCCUGCCUCCCAGACUGACUCCCCCGUCCCGCCCCGGAGCGACUCCGGCUGCGAAGUCCACCCGGGGCCCUACACCCCGAGUCAGAGCCCCCUCCUCCCGCGCCUUCACCCACACACCCACUCGCCAACCCACCUCUACUCCCCCACGCAGUCUCCUGGACCCAGUAGGCAUGUCUCGGGAUUUUCGUCUCCCUACAGCCACACACCUUCCACUGGACUCAGCCGGAACAACAGUGACGCUUCCCAGUACGGAGGUUCAUACAACAGCUAUUCCUCUGCACCGUCUCCCAUCUCUCCCACACAUUACUCUCCCUCGCAGUCUCCCAUCCAGCAACGCCACAUAGCCUUCCCGAUGCCACCACACCAAUCUCCGAACCUGAGUCGCGUCCCCGGCCAGUACCCGGGGGCAGGCCCGGGUGCGAUGUACGGAGCACUUCUGGAGCUACGAGAGCCCCACACCAUCGUAGGUCACCCAGAAUCCUCCAAGGACCUCAAGGAAGACGAACGGCUGACGACGGAACUCCCGCCACACUCCAUCUUGCCAACGCAGCCUGGGAUCACGCGACAACAGCUCAUCAACAGCCCGUGCCCGAUCUGCGGGGACAAAAUCUCCGGAUUCCACUACGGCAUCUUCUCGUGCGAGUCUUGCAAAGGCUUCUUCAAGAGGACGGUGCAGAACAAGAAGAACUACGGCUGCAUGAGGGGAGCCUCCUGCCCCGUCACCACCAACACCAGGAAGAAGUGCCCCGCCUGUCGGUUCGACAAGUGCCUCCGGAUGGGCAUGAAGCUGGAAGCCAUACGAGAGGAUCGAACCCGUGGUGGGCGCAGCACAUACACCACCGGACCAUACCCACUUCCUCCAGCGGUUGUGCUGCCCACCACCUCGCAUCACUUAGACCCCCAGAGGCUUCCUGAUGCCCCGACUGUCAAGGCUGAGCCCUCGGACGAUGAUCUAAAGCCAUCUCCAUCCAAUGAAAAACCUAUUCCUCUUCUCCUACAGCAAAUUCAUGAUGUAGAACACCUGUGGCACUGCAGUGAGAGUGAAAUGGCAGAGUUACGGCAGUCGGAACAAGCAGCCCGCCAAGCAAUGGAAAACAAUUCCCCAGAUUUCCUGAAUAAUUUGUGCCACAUUGCAGAUCACAGACUCUAUAAGAUUGUCAAAUGGUGUAAAUCUCUUCCUCUCUUCAGACAUAUUUCAAUAGACGACCAGAUCUGCUUGCUGAUCAACUCGUGGUGCGAGCUGCUCCUCCUUUCGUGUUGCUAUCGCUCCAUGGAGUCCCCCGGGGAGAUCCGCGUCAGCUCAGGUCGCACCAUGACUUUGGAACAAGCCGAACUCAUGGGUAUUGGACCGUGUAUCGAACGCAUGCUCAAUCUCACCCAACAGCUCCGCCGUCUCCAGGUGGACAAAUAUGAGUAUAUGGCUAUGAAAGUCAUAGUUCUCCUAUACUCAGAUGUGUCAGGGCUGCAGGAAGUAGAGAAAGUGCGUUACUCCCAAGAAAAGGUUGCACAAGCGUUGCAGGAGUACACUCUCUCUCAUUAUCCUCACCUGCCACCCAAGUUUGGUGAAUUACUCCUUCGUAUUCCUGAACUCCAGCGUGCAUGUCAGGCGAGUAAGGAGAUGCUCUCUAUGAAGAAGAAGGAGGGAGAUGUGCCAAGUUUCAAUUUCCUCUUCGAGCUCUUGAGAGGGGACCAUUAGUUAAGGUCGGAGGGCAACCUCAUCUUCAGCAUCAGUUGCUGCAUCUCCCUCAGGUAUAUAAGUCACUGCUUCAGGCUCAGAACAUGUUCAAGAGGCCACGUCACCACAUCAUCACCAAAGCAAAAAUAAAAAACCUCUCUCGGAUAUUGGUAGUAUCCUCCUCUUUGCUUUUGCCGUGACAAUGAGAGACAAAUGAAGAUCUUCAGGUUGUGACUCUGAAGUGAUGACAUCUUCAUGGCUGUGACAAGUGGACGUCUUUUACUCAUCCCACCUUGUGUACUCAUUUUUGUGAAGGCAAGAUUCAAGAAUAUGAGUAUAUGGAAUUUUCAUGUCAAAUCUAAACUCUGUUAGGGUUAUAUACUACUGUCAAAGGCCGCCAUGCCUCGUUUUACGUUCCAGUACAAAAAUAUACUUAAACUGUACUGUUUAUUCAAAAUCUUGGUAUUUUAAGUUCAGGCUACCAAAUACAUUUUAACUGAAAGAAUUUGCCAGACAUAUAUAUAUAUAUAUAUAUAUAUAUAUAUAUAUAUAUAUAUAUAUAUAUAUAUAUAUACAUAUAUAUAUAUAUAUAUAUAUAUAUAUAUAUAUAUAUAUAUAUACUUGCUAGAUCAGCUAUAGAUGUAUACAUCUUUGUGACAUGAGUUACAUAUUGCUGAGUUAUUGCGUCCACUGCCAAGAUACCUGAUGGGAGGCGAAGAGAGGCAGUUCUGCUCGAGCUGGCUGGCUCCUCUCCAAGCUACAAAAGCUGUGUCUUCCAGUGGAUAUUAUCAGAGACGCGGUUCUUCUCCUACUUAUAUUUUUUAUUUUCAAGUCUUCUUCUCUAACUUCAUUUCAUUACAUCAUAACCUGGUACUCUUCAUAACACUUUGGUGUCCUCUCACGCUGCUGUGCUUCCCUGAAAAUCUAGCGUUUCAGACAGACUUUUGUGUACGUUUGCAUAUACUUUUGGAUAUAGCAACCUGUGCACCUUUUGAGUUAAAACCCUUUGUUUAUGGCUUGUCUCUACUCUCUCACCUGAUAGAGUUGGGUGACGUUUGGCCAUUGUUCAGUUUUUGUUUCAUUCUAAAAUAUUUCUAAUGAUAUUUUAGGAUUUUUAUUAUUUGAGUGAGCCUUUUUUUUAAUAUUUUUGACAAUUAUCAAAAAGCUGCGAGAGGACACCACUGAGAUAUGACUUGUAACAGCAAAAUGAAGCAGCAGUUGUUGCAGAGGUGCCAGAGGCUGCCAAGUACCAAGAUUCUCUAAGAUCAGCUGAUCAUACCAAUCGGAUAUACUGAAAUCAUUGGUCUGUAGUAGAUUUCUUUGAAUCCUUGAGCUUAUCAGUUUUCUUUCAGUUUAAUGUAUUCAAAAAUUCACUUCAUAAGAGUACAAAAAGAAGUUGUAGUGUAUCUCAUUUCACUCAUUUAUUAUACUCUUCGUGUCCAAUUCCCGUUGUGUAAAUUGAGCAGUGAUCGUUGAUGUUAGAGAAAUCUGGUUGAAAUUUGGCCGUGUGAAUCUGUGACAGUUCCACUGUGCUGGGGAAUUGUGCAACAUGAUCACAAAGGGAGGGUGCUAAAAGCAAUCUAGGCUAGCUGUGGGUGGGGUGUUUCUGAAUGAGCUAUCAGACGGUGUAGUACAGUACAGUACAGUACAGAAUUUUAUCUCGCAAUUGGUAGUAGCCGUUAUAAGAGACAUUGUAAGACCAAACCCAUUUUUUGUUUCUUUUUGAUUUUUGAAAAUUUUUUUGACAAUUAUGAUUUUCGUGGUAUCUUGUUGCUGAAACUACCCUACAUCACUGGCCCAGUGUGGCAUCAAUACUCCCACCAACCUUACACAAAGUACCUGUCAGCCAGCAACUAACCAAGUAGGGCAUUGUGGCACUGUAGAGUUACCUUCUUUUUUUCUAAGAUACAGUAAUUAUUGUAAUUUAUAUAUUUUAAUUUGUCUACCUCUGCUAACCUAAUAUGCUAUAAUAGUAUUAUUUACUUUCCUUUUGUAAAUCCUUUAUUAGCGAUGAAGAUUUUUCUAUUUUAUUUUUAAACCAAUUUUCCCGUGCUAAUGUAACUCUAUAAUUCCACAGUGUCCAACAUGAUGAGCUACAAAACUCUGAUUUCUGUGAUGAAAUAACUUUUGCACUCUCAACUUCUGGGUUUGUAAUGUCCAUUUCCCCUCUGUGUCCAAGUCCUGUCAGAUGCAGUGCUAAGAUAAAACUGAAAAGGGAAGUGCAAACUUUUAUACUUUUCCUAUGGUAUAAAGAACAGGCUGUGGGCAAUAUCUAAACUAUUCUGUAAGGUUAAUGGCAUUCUGCAGUUUUUGUAUCCAAGCACUUUUGCUUCCUCCUGUUUCUCUGAAUGUCUUUGCUGCAAAAAUGUUCACACUUCAUCCAAUCUGAGGUUACCAUAGAAAAUACUCAGUAUGUCAUGACUUUACACGAACUUCCUGAAUUGGGAAUAUUUUUUUUUCUACUACCAGAUUCUUUCUGUCUACUACUGGUGUCUUUCCAGGUUUCCUUACAGUAAGUAGCUCAGAGUGUGUCGUUGUCUAGCCUCUUCCAUCUUGCGCUGUGCACAAGAUUAUUCUGUUGGAAGAGAUCAAGAGAGAGAUGGUACUCUAUUAUCUUAUUUAGUGUUCUAUGUUUCUAUGUUUUCUACAGAAGAUUUUUUAAUUUAUUUGCAUUACAUUUCCUGAUAUAUAAAUAUAUAUAUUUUUUCUCAGUUUCACACCACUUUCAUGAAGGCUGUUAUUGGUAACAUUCCAUUGAUAUUUAAGCUCUAUACUUAAAUACUUAAACAAGAUGUACUCUUGUGAUAUUAAGUUAAUCAUAACAAUAACGAUGAGGAUAUAGUAAUAAUAUUUAGAGGCCACUGGGUCAUUCCAAAGAUUCACAAUGGCCUCAUGAGAGUGGUGCAUAGGUCAGCUGCCAUUAGGUCCUAGGACUGACUCAAGUUGCGUUGGUUCCCCGCGUCCCAACCUUCACCUGGGAGAUUUUUUUUUUUCUGUUUUGUGGAAUUUACUGAAUUAUGUUACCGGUGCCCAAAUCUUUCUGGGCACUGCUAAUGCCAUUAUUUUUUCUGCUGGUACUAUUGUAUUGCAGUAUAUUUUUCUCUCCAAGGGAAUGGCUGAUGCAGGACGAGCCAAUGCAACUGAGUCGCCUGAACCAAAGGCAGUCAGACUGUCCAGGGUGCUGACAUUGACAGAGGCUAUAAUGGGUUUUGAUUUGUGCCACCUGGGGUGCAGAGGGGUCACUCAACUCAUUUUUUUUUCUCUCUCAUGCACUGAAACCAUGGUCAUCCAAUCUUCAUCCUGACCAAUUAGAAUGAUUUGUGAUAAUGAAUUUGUUAUAAAUAUUCGAUUAUACAAGUGAAAGAAAGAAAAAUAAAAAAGAAAGUAUCACAUUCUGGAAUGGAGGAAUUGGAAUGGCAGGCGUUCCCUGCAGAACACCACCGCAAUGCCCCGCUGCACCCCAGAUGCCCCUACGCACAUAUACCCAUAUCAGUCCACCCCGGCAAGCCAAAUCACUAGUCCUUACACACUUGAUUUUUAAUCUUUUUUUAUUAUUAUUAUAAUUCUUAUAUAUUUUUGGAGCAUGACUCUCGAAAAACCCACCCGGGUUAACGCGCUGAGUUGGCGGCUUCCACCUUCGGCCAAUGUUCCAGUCUGUUAAUUCCGGGUCAUAUUGGAAUCUCCCGCCUCGUUGAAUCUCGAAAGGUGAUUUUUUUAGAGAAAUACUAUUCUCACGAAUGAAAUAAAAUAAAUUUUUAAAAAAAACCUGUUAAUCAAAAUGAACUAUAAUGUGUGCUAUGGAGGAUUUUUCAUAAAGGAAGGUCGUUUGUAUUUUUGGUAUCAUGUAAAUAAUUGUUGUCUACUGGAGCAAGUACUUAGUAUUUUAAGGAAAUUUUUAAUAAACAUAAUUAAAU